GUUAGGUGCCUCUGCAUCUGCAGUCGCGGUAUCUCUCUUGUUUACCAGCGUGCUGGGGGUAUGUUUUUAAAAUAUAUAUAUAUGUGUGUGUAGGUUUAUUAGGUUAAUGCGGCUGCCGACCACUGUCUUCGGAGAACAAGCUCCUCUGACUGCACCAUGGUCAACCUCUGCUGUCUCUGCUGCGGUGAACUCCCUGAACCCCGCCCACCUCCCUCCGGCCAGCCGGGAGUACCGCGGGACUCCCGCUCCGCACCGCAGCAGCAGCAGCCCGCUGGCUCCGGCCCAGACACUGCGAGGCUGAUGGGAGGACAUAAAGGGGGAGCAAACGGAGGGAUAUCUGGAGCGCAGCAAGUGAAUAAAUAGGACUGAGCUCGUAAUUUCUCUCUGACAUGCGAGAAGUGCAGCAUGCUCUCUUCCGAUCAGGACUCUGCGGAGGACGCGGCGGCCAGCGGUCCCAAUGAUGCUGAGGGAGAGGAGCUGGAGGAGGAGGAGGAGGCUGAGAGUGAUGUCCCGGAGGAGCAGCGUCCCGUCCAGCAGUCCCUCGGUGCUUGUGUCUGCCGGGAGUCCCACUGGCGCUGCCUGCUGCUCUCCCUCCUCAUGUACAGCUGCCUGGGUGCGGUGGCCUGGUGCCAGCUGACCCGGGUCACCAAGAUCAGCUUCAACUCCGCCCUCACCUCCUCCUUCACGGCCACCUUCACCUCCUCGCUGCGGGGCGCCACCGGCAUGGGCGUCGGAGGGCACUCGAUGAUCUACCACGACAGCCCCUGCGCGGACGGCUACAUCUACAUCCCCCUCGCCUUCCUGCUCAUGCUCUACGUGCUGUACAUGGUGGAGUGCUGGCACUGCAGGGCCAGGAGCGAGCUGCAGUGUAAAGCGGACGUGGACAGCGUGUACGAGCGGGUGCUGCGAAUGCGGCAGUCCCAGCCUUGCAUAUGGUGGAAGGCCAUCAGCUACCACUUCGUCCGGCGGACGCGGCAGGUCACGCGCUACCGCAACGGCGACGCCUACACCACCACGCAGGUGUACCACGAGCGGGUCAACACGCACGUGGCCGAGGGCGAGUUCGACUACGGCCACUGCGGGAUGAAAGACGUGUCGCGUGACCUCAGGGGCUUGGAGGAACAUCCGGCGACGCGCCUGCGCUUCACCAAGUGUUUCAGCUUCACGGAGGCCGGUCCGGAAAACGACUACCUCAACCAGAGAGCCAGGUUCUUCUCCGAGAUCGAAGGCUUGGAUGAUUACAUGGAGGCCCGGGAGGGGAUGCUGCUGAAGAACAUGGACUUCAGGGAGAACCUGAUAGCCUACGUAGACCCAGACAGGAUGCCUUGGUACACUUCCCAGGUCGCCUUCUGGCUGGCGGCUCUCCUCAUGCUGUCGUGGCCUCUGCGAGUGCUCACCGAGUAUCGUACUGCUUAUGUUCACUACCGCAUAGAGAAGCUGUUCGGGUUGGAGUACACCCACAGCAGCCCCUCUCCUCUGGAUGAAGACAGGCCUGCGGGGAGUAACACCGGCUGCAUUAUUCCAAGGGUCGACACGCUGGACAGCACUGAAAUGGAGUGGCACAUACGCUGCAACCACCAGGUGAUUCCCAGCUACUCAGAGGCCAUGCUGAUCAACAUGAGCACAGGAGACUCGCUCCAAGACGCCUCCUCCUCUGACUGCUACCUCCUGGACAGCAGCCAGACGGCCGAGAGCUACGGAGCUCUCCAAAGCCAGGAUGACUGCGAGCAGUGCGGUGAGGUCAACCAACAAGCGGCCGGAGGGGGCAGGAGGAGGACGGUCACCAGCUCCAGCUGCUCCUCCAUCUUUUCCUGCAGCCGAGCCAUGUUCCACUCCCACCUCUCCUCGGACACCUCGCGCUUCUCUCUCUGCCGCAUGUACGGCUCCCAUCGCACCGUGGCGCUGUGGAGGAGCCGCAGCAGCAACUUGACGGAGCCGUGCUGCGCGGACGAGCAGUGCUGCCGCUCGGACUCCAGCCAGCUGGCCCUCAGCGACAGUCCGCCGACCUACAGGGACGCCAGUUUCUUCCCCGUCCUAAUCGUGCACCGGUCCGACGGCAGCGAGGACGGGAGGGAAGUGAGGCGUUACUACAUACGGAGAGGGUCGUCCUGCGUGGAGACGGCCCUGUGACGAGCAGCCGGUAGGAGCGUGAUGAAGGGCUGGUGGAUGGAGAUUCAAGGAAACAUUUCAGGAAAUUUCUGUGUAAAUAUGAAAUAAACUUAGAGUAUUUUAAGCAGACUUUCUAUUUUUCAACACAGUUACAAGGAGUCAUGGUGCUGAACUGCGUUUACACACGUCCCAAACAGUGUCUGUGAAAACAUCUGCAGGUGUUGAUGUGUCUCACCUUAUUACUGUCACGCUCCCCUGGCUGCAUGAUCAGAGCAUCCCACCGAUUUAACCGCCUGUGUUUUCCAGAAAUGUGUCAUCGUUGAAGCCACCACUGACCCUGUGUCUGUGUUGUAUACAAGAAUUUGGUCUGUUUGUAAGAAAAACACUUGUGUGUAUGACAAGUUGCAUGUCGCUACCAGUUGUAUUAUGUUUUUGUUUAACAGACAGCAAGUUGAAACCAAAGACAUGAGUAUUUUAUUUUUUUAUUAUCAUUGUUUUAUUGAAACCUGGAGCGGACUGAAUGUUAAAGCGGAAGCAAUAAAGGUCUAUAUGAAGGAUUGAAAUGUAUCUAUAUCAAGCGACUAUGUGGGUUUACGAGAAAUUCGAAUGUAGUUGAAAUGAUUAAAUCUUGGAAGUCGGGGUCUGGGUGUAGAA